AUGGAUGCGGAGUUGGAGUUUUACACUAGAGACUCCCUGUGCCACUGCACCGAGACGAGAGUGUCCGAGGCUCUGAUCAUACAGUCUUGCUGCAGCUUGGAGGAGCAUCUCCAGAGUCAGCAGAACCAGCAGCCAUAUCUCCUGGCGGUUGGGCGGCAGAAGAGGAAGAUCGACAACUUCUACGUCUCCAUCGACAAGCAUCUCCUCCCCUGCCAGGCCACCCGCUCCAUUGGGGCAUUUGAUGAGCUUUUUAAAGCUCAUUUUGUCUUCAAUGUCUCCUAUGAUGCCGAGCUGCAGACUUCAGUUCCAAACUUAUGCUGGCUUCAGAAAGCACCUCAAUAG